AUGAGCAUUCUCUGGUACUUUGGAUCAGAACCUGUUUUUCUUCCAGCUAGAACUCCGCCGUGUCUGAUAUAUACAUACCUCGUCUGUCCCCUCUUGAUAAAUCAUCGCAGUUACCUCGCCAUGUCCAAUGCAGCAACCACUGCCCAGGGAACGAACAUGUAUGAACAGCCAACACACAAGGCCAAAAGUGUAUGGGGUUACGGACCCGGCGCACUUGAAGGACAAACGAAGCUUUCUCGGCAGGACUUCCGCCUUAUGAUAACUGUAACGCGGAAGACGGCAGCGAAACAUCUUGAUCUCACCCAAAGGCUCCCAGAUCAGGACAAGAUGCGCGUAGAGGCUGUCUUUCCGAAGGUGCUGGAGAUUUGCCCCUUCGUCAAAUCUUACAAGGACCUUUGGCCAGUAAAGAGCUAUUUGCGUUUCUAUCUUGCGGGUCGUAGUGAAUCUACAGUCAAAGCCCGUAGGCGAGCGGAAUGUGCCAAGCAGCAAAAAUUGAAGGUCAAUUCCUGCAUCUCGCGACGCAUCUUUGUGGGCAGAACACCAUUUAGAUCGUUGGCUAUGCGGAGACCUCACAUUCAGGCGUCGAAGGGCAAAUCUCAACCAGGUGGCCAGAACGUCGCACCCCAGCAUCCUGUCCCCGUGUCGUCUUCGAGUGGCGUAGCUCUCACAUCUCCUCCGUCAGCCUCCACUACUUCUCCAUUGCCAUCUGUGUUGCCCCUUUUUAGUGCUGCGGACCCAGUCCUCGCCUUUCUCAAAUCGUUGGCUAAUCCUCUCCCCUCUCUUCUCCAAGUUUUCCUUGCGGAGGGUGUGAAUACCAUCCACGGGCUUCGUGCAGCUGCAAUGAUGACCGGACGCCGAGAGUGGUUAAAUACGCUGGUAGUAUCAAGGAAGAUAACUCAUUUCCAGGCUCACCUCAUUUAUGAUGGCCUCACGAAGCUGGCCGCAUCGUCUUCUGGCACAUGA